AUGGCUGGAAAAGUAGUGAUGCUGCUGUGUGUUAUGCGCCUCGUCGCCUUUGAAGGCGCAGAAGAAGAGAACUCUGGACUUUACAGAAAGCCAUCUUGUGUUGAUAUGGUGGAGAUCCUAGCUUGCCCUAUAAACUUGGCUCAUGUGUGUGGCACCGAUGGCAAGACCUACCCCAAUGAGUGUGCACUCUGUGUUCAGAGACAGGAGACCAGAAUGGACCUCUUGGUCAUGGAGGAGAGCUGCUAA